AUGUCUAUUGCGCCCAUCUCUGGUCAGAGUUGGCCCAUUGAUUACUUUCAAAAUGGCGAGAGGAACUCUCGACCAGCGAUGCUCUCAUACACGCGUAUUUCUGCCAAGCGCUCACAUACUGGGAAAUACCUCGCCACAGUUGGUCACGGCUCAAUUCUCACCAAAGUUGAUCGAAAACGCCGCGUUUAUCGCGAAAGGCUCCAGCAAGCGUUGAACUUGCGAGACCUUGAUCAUAACGAUACUCUCGACGAUAUGCAUGGUCAUGAUCUCAGCUUGAGGCUCUUUGGAACUCGCCCCAACUCUUGGUGUGGCGUCUCAAAUGAGGUCAUUGAUAUAUUCGGACAAGUGCUGGCUCUAUGUCACAGCGUUCGCAGCCAUGAUAGAGAUAUAUCAACAUUGACUUUGUCAGUGACUAGCAGUGUACUGUGCGACAUUUCUGUCGCACGCGAAUUGCAAAGCGAGCUACUGGCUAUGGACUUUGGAGUUAUCGUUCUUACGGAAGAGUUGGAAGGAUACCUUGUGCAUACACAAGACGAAAAGACACCGUUAUUGCAUCUCUUACAAACCGCAGAAGCGUAUCGCCAAGCCGCACUUCUGCAACUACACUUGGCGUUUGUUGAUUUUAGGUACAACGCCAGUGAAUGGGCUUAG